GGUCAGAGGAAGUAGCCAAGGGAGGCUACUCUAAACAAGAGUUUUGAUUGGUCAUUUACUAUCAGUUGUGAAUUUUCAUUGGAUGUUGAAAACUGCUUUGUCAGGAAUUUCUAGUUGUAUAAAAAGGAGGUGAAAGUGCGCGAAAUUCAUUUCAGAUCGAGUCAUCGAGCCGGUUUACUUUCAUCAAGUUUUUGUCACAAAGAAAUUCUGAACAUCAUGUCUGGACGCGGAAAAGGAGGCAAAGCUAAAGCCAAGGCAAAGAGCCGUUCCUCAAGGGCUGGACUGCAGUUUCCUGUUGGCAGAAUUCACCGUCUUCUGAGAAAAGGCAAUUAUGCUGAACGAGUAGGCGCUGGAGCCCCUGUGUAUUUGGCGGCUGUCCUUGAGUACCUCGCUGCCGAAGUGUUGGAGUUGGCUGGUAAUGCUGCUCGUGACAACAAAAAGACAAGAAUCAUUCCCCGUCAUCUUCAACUAGCUAUCAGAAAUGAUGAGGAACUGAACAAGCUGCUUUCUGGUGUCACCAUUGCCCAGGGAGGUGUGCUGCCAAAUAUCCAGGCUGUCCUCCUGCCCAAGAAGUCCGCUGCCGCCACUGCUGCAAAGGCCAAGAAGUCUUCUCAAUCCCAAGAGUUCUAAGUGAACUGCUGAAGUUUCAAGACUCACAAAGGCCCUUUUGAGGGCCACCCCAGUUUUCCAGAAUGUUGGAUCUUCAGUCUGGGUUAAAACCAAAUUUCUUCUAGAUCUUUCAAGUCUAAGACUACUCUAUUACUCUACUUUCGACUCGAGCAUGCUGCUUCUACUUCUACAUCUAUUAUCUAUGAUCUAUCUAGAUUCUAUAAGGAGUGUAUAGACACUGUAUUGGCGUUGUGGUCUUCUGCUUUUCUGCCUUUAUUUUUCUAAAAACUUUGCCACAAUUGAUCUUCUAGGCCUAGAUCUAGAUCUAGAUUUAGAUAUCAAUUAAUUGGAAUUGGAAUGCUUUUUGUCAGAUUGUGAUUGCACCAUGCCAUGUGCAAAAUCACCAGAAGCUUGCUUGGCAUUCUACAUUUAAAGUAUGCA